UUCCGACCUUCGUACGCCGGCGGGGAGAGCCAGGGGCCGAGGCGCUGAGUAGCCUAGAGGACCUGAGGCGGAAGGACGUGGCCUCAGGGCCCCCCCUGCGGCGGCGGCGGCGGCCCUGCGCUCGGCCGUGUCCUCGGAAGGCUCCCGGCAGAAGACUUGUGAAAGAAGUCAAUAAGUUUUCUUACCGAAAAGUCGCGGUUGCACGUGCAUGUUAGGAAAGGCCUCAGUCUAAGAAAGUACCAAAAGUGGCGGAAAAUCCACUACUAUUUACUGUGCCAGCACAGUGCAGCGAAUGGUGGAUCAGAUUCUUUCCCGCUUCAUAGAAUUCACCUUCUAGUGAAGGAAACAGUAAUACGGAUGGCUGCUAUUUUUCUAAGGUCAAUAAUAUUACAAACCAUAAAGACUGAAAAUAACUGUCUUAGAAGAUGUUUGUGUAAAUACAUCGUGCAAAAGAUGGCACUAGCACAGUUGCCCCUUCCUGCUUCUGUCCCAAGAAUGUCCUAUCUAAUUCAUGCAAAAGCUUUUAGUACUGUUGAAGACUCCCAGCAUGAAAGAAAAAAGAGAAAAAAUAAUGAAACUGAUUUUAGUAACAUUGGAAGAAAAAUUAGUGAGCGAAUCAUUCAUUUAUUUGAUGAGAAGGGCAAUGAUUUGGGGAACAUGCACCGAGCAGAUGUGAUUCGACUUAUGGACGAGCGAGACCUGCGACUUGUGAAAAGGAAGCCCAGCACAGACCCUCCCGAGUACCAGCUCAUGACAGGCACACAGAUUCACGAAGAGCGGCUGAGACUGAGAGAGAGGGAAAAGGCUAGACCUAAAACUGGGCCUGCUCUGACAAAGGAACUAAUUUUUUCUUCAAAUAUCGGACAACAUGAUUUGGACACAAAGAGUAAACAGAUUCAGCAGUGGAUUGAGAAAAAGUAUAAAGUUCAAGUUACUAUAAAGAAAGCAAAGAAUGCAGAAGAGCCAGAAAAUAAAAUGGAGGAGCUAUUUAAUCAAAUCCUCCAGACUAUGCCUGGAAUAGCUACCUUCUCAUCCAGGCCACAACCUGUUAGAGGAGGAAAAGCUGUAAUGUGCGUUCUUCGUCAUUUGAGCGAAAAGGAAGAAAUUGCAUAUAGACAAACUCAAGAGACUCAGGAAGGAAACCCUUUAAACAAAGAAAAAUAAAAACGACAAAAAAAAAAAA